AGAAGUUGCAUUGUUCAGGAACAGUCUGAAGCAGAACAUCUGUGUGCAGAUGCUAAAAGAAGGCUACCACAGGUCAUUCUCCGAGCUCUUCUUUCUGAUACACUCCAACCAGGAUGAGACGGCGUCAACCAAACCAGGUUCAGUUGUCAGCCUUCUGACUCCACUGGAGGAACAACAGGACAAACUGGAAGCCAUGAGGCUGCACCUGACCCGGGCCGAGCAGGCCGAAAGGAUCGGCUCCUGGUCAGUGGUGUGUGAGCAGCGACUGUGUUUAGGUCAGUAUUUCUCAGCUCCAGAAGAUCUGUGGCUCCGUUUCCACUUCUACCACAGCUGUGCAGACAGAGAGCAAGGAGGCUGCUCGAGACCGGCCACCGAGGCCCGGGUCUGCUUGGCUGAGCUCUACCUGCAGCAAGGAGAUCUGGAGGAGGCAAGGCAUCAAGCGGAGCUGUGCCUCACGCAGGCGGACAGCGGGGACUGGCUAGACUCAGCUGGUUGUCCUUUGAGGCUGCGGGUUCGCCGGGCGCUGUGUAGGAUCUACAGCCAGCUUGCUGAUGCUCCCCUGGCCACCGCCAACUAUGACGAGGCCUUGGCGCUGCUCCAUAAAGGCUACAGCAUAGCUACCGAGUCGGAAGACAAAGAGAUCCAAGGGGAUGGUGCCUAUCGACUGGGACUGGCCUAUCAGUGCUCAGGGGACCACGACACAGCUAAAAAGUUCUUUAACACUUGCAUGCAGAUUUGUGGCACACUGCAGGAUGCAGACGGACUGGGAGAGGCCUACAAGGCUAUGGCAACGUCUCUAGAGAGUGAGGGAAACACAGACGCGUCAGUUCGUUGUCUGGAGGAGUUUGCAGACAUCUCCCGUAGCAGCGGACUCCUGCACAACCUGGUGGACGCCUGUCUGUGUCUGGGCAACGUCUUCUACACCAUGAGUCAGUAUAAGAGAGCCUGUGAGAGCUUCCUGCAGGGCUACGAAGUGGCCUGUCAGACGGGCGACGUGGCUCCGAUACAGACGGCACAGGUGCUGGUGGCCAAUGCUCGUGCUCGUUCCCUGAUCAAAACGUACAGCGCUGACGUGACUUCGGCCACGCCCACUGCCCUGCAUCGAUUGCUGGCCUGGAAGGACACCAGAGGACACGAAGAGCUGAGUGCAGACUGUGCAGCUCCUACUACUACUGCCUGGUACUGACUCAGAGUCACAUGCUGAAUACUACUGAGACAAAUACAUUCUCAACAAAAAGUGUUUUAAAAUAAAGCAUAUCUAUAUAUGUAAGAU